GUGUGCUUUAAAAAAGUCUACGGUUAAAAUAAAAGAAAAUAAUUUAUAACAAUUUUAACUAAAAAAAAGUUGAUAAGACUAAUAAAAAUGCUUAGGGGAGAUGAGGAUGAUGGAGGGAACGAAUUUUCGACUUUAUUUUUUCAUUUUGCUGGACGAGGAAAAGUUUAUCUCAUUAAAGCGAAUAAUUGAUUACCUUAAUUAAUUAACUAUAAAUAAUCGUAACAUUGAGGAAAUCAAUAGAUAUAAAUAUUUCAAUUUGGGAAAUGCUGGUGUUCAAAUUUUGGUGUCUGUAAAGUAACGAAGGAAUAGGACAUUUUGCCACCAUUCCACUACUCGUGUUUACAGUGGCAGCCGUCUGAAAGUUGGAGUACAACACGUCCCUGACAGAAACACUGAGCCAUAACUACUCCCACUGCCUUUCUCUUCUUUCUCUGCCACGCCCACGCAAACAAAUUCCAACACUUAUUCAUCAAAAAAAAAAAACAAAUUCCAACACUUGCAGUGGUUUGAUCCGUCGAAACCCAAAAUGAUGCACACCGCCGAUUCCGACGUGACGAGCCUAGACACAUCGUCGCAUGGGUCGCCGAAGCCCGCCGUGUACUACAUGCAGAGUCCCUUGUGUGACUCCCACGACGAUGGCGACAAGUCGUCUUCGGCGCAUGCCACGCCGACCUUCAACAGCCCCUCGCACCCCUCCUACGGCUGCAACUCACGCGCCUCCUCCGCCAGCCGCUUCUCCGGCACCUUCCGAUCUGGUUCCGGCCGGAAGCCCAACCGGAAGCGGAACGACACGGGCUGGCCCAAUUGCGACGUGAUUCAAGAGGAAUGGAACUACGACGAGCCCAAUGGUGAUCGCAGAGGGCUUUCGAGGAGUUGCCAGCUUCUGAUUGCGCUGCUUGGGUUCGUUGUAAUUUUCAGCGUCUUCUGUUUGAUUCUUUGGGGUGCGAGUCGGCCGUACAAUGCUCGAGUCAGUAUCAAGAGCUUGACUGUGCAUAAUUUUUACAUCGGAGAAGGAUCGGACUCGACGGGAGUCCCAACCAAGAUGCUGACGAUGAAUUCUUCAGUGAAGAUGAGUGUUUACAACCCAGCUACAUUUUUCGGCAUUCAUGUCACCUCCACGCCUGCCAAUCUUAUGUAUUCACAGCUUCCAAUAGCAACUGGUCAGUUGAAGAAAUACUAUCAACCAAGAAAGAGCUACCGAACAAUGUCUGUGAACCUCCAAGGAAACAAGAUUCCUCUAUAUGGGGUUGGGGCGAGCUUAGAUGUCUCAGAAAAGAAAGGAGAAGUUCCAGUGAUGCUAGCCAUUGAAGUCCGGUCACGAGGGAAUGUGGUGGGAGAAUUGGUGAGGUCAAAGCAUCGUCGGCAUAUCUCGUGCUCUUUGGUUAUUGACUCUCAUAAGAACAAACCCAUCAAAUUGAAAGAAGAUUCAUGCACAUAUGAUUGAGCGAGAGAAGGUUUUCUUGAAACGAUGAUGUAGCUGUUUUCAGGCAUCCGCUGGAAGACAGUUUAUUCUACAGAGACCACUGCCACCCAUGAAGAGUUGUGACUUGAAAAGAUUCUGGAGGUCUUUGCACAGCAAUUAUCUACUUGAAAUCCCAAUUUGACAAAUGCUUAUACUCCUAAUCCUCCAGAUGCUUGUUCUUUUGGGUGUAUGUGAGAGAGAAGUUAGGAAUAUAUAUCUAAUAAAGUUAGAAACAUCGAUUC